UGGAAAUUGAAGAAUCAGGCGAGUGGCGCCCCAAUAACUUAACUAUACUUGACCUUAACAUGUUAUUCAAGGCGAAUCUCAUAAAGGAGUCCGAAAAAAUGGUUUUUGAUACCCAAACCCGCCUAACCUCUGCUGUGGCACAACUCCGUGAUCUGGUGGGCUCGGAGGAAUUGAACGCAGCUGAAGCCUCAUUGUAUGAGAGCAAUGUCUAG